GAGUUAAUUUGUACCUCUAAUAUUUCGACGGAGUCAUAAUGCUGACUGGGGUUAAACAAAGUGCCACGUUCGGUUAACUUUCUGUAGAGUCAAUGAAUCUGAGAGUCGCAGACUUUGCCAUAAAACCUACGUUCCAUCCAACGGACGUAGCUACGUAAAUACCCCCUAAAAGAAGUACUAAAGAGGCAAAUUCACAAUACUUUAGUGCGGGUACAUCGUUGCGACGACGAUCUGAAACUCUCCUGUAACAUUUGUAUCAAUAGAAUACAUUUAUCCAGUUGUUUAAAACACGUAAGGUUAGAAACCCGGAGAGUUCAGAAGCAGGAAGUGUGAGGGGUGUUUCCAGCUGAUCGACAACAGAGCAAGAGUAAGAGUCGCCCCCAGCAGCUCGACCUGUCCGCACUUGUUUCCGGGGCCACAGCAGAGCGUACCGGCGGCUUUGAUCCGGUUUAAUCAGCGGAAGAACCAGGGGGGAUUCUCCGCUCUUCUUCAGGGAGCUCCCGUGGACCGGAGGCGUCGGUAGCCGUUAGCCCGGACUGUCAUGGUCCCGGCGCGGAGAUGGCGUCCUUUCCCGGUUUGUGCAAGGCUGUCGGGCCCGCGGAGGAGGAGAACGGAGAGCUGGACGGAUCUCUCCAGCAGAUGCUGAAGGCCAUCGCCGACGAGAGAAACCGACUGAACCUCCGCCAGGAGGUCAGCGGACUGGGUUGUUUUAAGGAUGACCGCAUUGUGUUCUGGACCUGGAUGUUCUCCACAUAUUUUAUGGAGAAGUGGGCUCCUCGACAGGACGACAUGCUGUUCUACGUCCGCAGGAAGCUCUCCUAUGUCAGCACAGACAACACAGAGGGCAAGAAGGUGGAGGUUGAGGUCUACAGGAGGGACUCUAAGAAGCUGCCUGGCCUUGGUGACCCCGACAUCGACUGGGAGGAGAGCGUCUACCUGAACCUCAUCCUGCAGAAGCUGGACUACAUGGUGACGUGUGCUGUGUGCACGCGCUCAGAAGCAGGAGAUAUCCACAUCCACAAGAAGAAGUGUCAGGAAGUGUUUGCGUCUCCCAGUAAACAUGCCAUGGACAGCAAAGGGGAGGAGUCCAAGAUGAGUUACCCAAACAUCUUCUUCAUGAUCGAGAACUUUGAGGAGGUGUUCAGUGACAUGACAGUGGGUGAGGGGGAGAUGGUUUGUGUGGAGCUGGUGGCCAGUGACAAGAGCAACACCUUCCAGGGCGUCAUCUUCCAGGGCUCGAUCCGCUACGAGGCCCUCAAAAAGGUCUACGACAACCGGGUGAGCGUCGCAGCCAAGAUGGCCCAGCGCAUGUCUUUUGGCUUCUACAAGUACAACAACAUGGAGUUUGUGAGGAUGAAGGGUCCACAGGGCAAAGGUCACGCCGAGAUGGCCGUCAGCAGGGUCCCGACAGGCGACACCUCCCCCUGUGGCACCGAGGAGGACCAGGUGUCACCCAUGCAUGAGAGGGUGACGUCCUUCAGCACUCCUCCAACCCCGGAGAGGAACCGCCCCUCCUUCUUCUCUCCGUCCCUCAGACGUAAAAUGCCUCGAAACCGGAUCGCUGAGAUGAAGAAGUCUCACUCUGCCAACGACAGUGAGGAGUUCUUCAGGGAGGAGGAAGACGAAGACCUUCACCCCGCCACCAACCUCCGCUCUCGCUCCCUGUCGGGCACUGGUCGCUCUCUGGUCGGUUCCUGGCUCAAGCUGAACCGAGCUGAGGAUUACUUCCUGCUCUACUCUCACCUGACCUACGUCACGCUGCCACUGCACCGCAUCACCACAGACAUCCUGGAGGUGAGGCAGAAGCCCAUCCUGAUGACAUAGUAGAGCUGCACCCUCAGAGCAUCACUGCCAAGUGCCUCCCGCAUCAGGCCACUGAGACGAACAGCAGUGCCCCCCGGUGUUCACACUGAGACGACACCCAGACACCUGCUGGAGAUGCAGUUGGAGGGAUGACGACAAACACACAAACCAGCCAUUCAAGAAGUGCCUCUUCUUUUCAGUUCCUGCUGUGUCAAAGGUUGUCUCCACAGAAAUGGGCUCGGCCCCGGGGUCACAUGAUGUCAGUGUGAAAAGGCAUUGGCUGAACUCUGACCAGGAAGGAGGAGGAGGAGGUGAAGAAUGUGUUUCUCUUGUAAAUAUCCUGCUGCUUUACUCACUGAGACGCCUGGACCUAAGGUUGUGCUUUUAAUGACACCGUGUGUAUGUGUUCGGCUCGUAGUGGACUUAGUGUUCCUUCCUUUAAUGCGGCGGCAGGUAUUGGACUCGUUUGUAAAUGUCAGAUCUACAGACCAGGUGUAAUGUCAGAGACGAGGUCAGUCGGGCCACGUUCAUCUGCUUAGACGCAUUUACUCACUUAAUUACAAAGAACUCUCCGUGUUUAAUUCACAGAUAUUACUCUUAAGUACUUAGUCUCUGAAUAUAUUACCACCACAACAACCGGCACAUUUAAGAACCUGUAACCAGCAGCUAGUUGGUAUUUUACUUAAGGAAAUGACAGAAGAGAUGAAAUGAUUUUCUCAGUUGCUCUGAGGCGUUUUAGGGCCAAAAGCUGGAUUUGAUCGCUCCACCAAAACAUCCACAGCAACACGAAAGAAGAAUGUUUGACAAGCUUUAAUUACUAAAACAAGUAAAAUAGUUUUUACUCAAAAAAAAUUUAAGGCGGCCCAAAAAUCUCAGCAGAAGGUGGGGCAGUAGGUGAAAUCUAUAUUAAAACUGAAAACAGUGAUGACCAACUGUGUUUGAAAUGUGUUGCAGCAUCAGGAUUGAAGCAAGUGUUUGUUCUGAACAAAGAAAGUUGAUGUGUCACUUUAAAUAACAUGCUGCUGUGUUGUUGGGUGUAACACAGGACCAGUUUACACAUCACUGUUUUCAGGUUUAAAUUAGAUUUUACAGACCGUCCCAACUUUUUCCGAUUUGCAGUUGUAGAUGACAGAUAAUGUUUUGGGGCCACUCGCUGGAUUCGAUCGUACAAACAGAAUCUAUGACGGAAUUCCUGUAGUGACUCAACUUUAAACACAAUGAGUUGGUUUCCUUGUAAAAUGACCUAAAAUGGGUUCAGAGUUCAAGCAGGAGCCUGUGUCCAGAAGUGAUUUGGUCUGAUUAUGACUUGAUGACAAAUGGGCACAGUGUUUCUAACACUGGUUACUGACACAAGCUGAGAGCGAAACCUGAUUAGUCAUCAGUAUCUGAUCAAAUCCAACUCUUGUCAGGUUUGUUCUUGUUGUGUUCAGGGAGGGUUUCCACAGGUUUGUUGUGGAUUAGCUCCAGAGCUCUGGGCCCGUGAAGAACCCGACUAAGGACACGUUUCAUUUGCUGCCAUAAUGGCUCAGCGGUUUACCGCCCAGAUCAAGUCCUUGUUUUUAGUUUGGGCUGCUGAGCGUUUUUAUUAUUCUAGCCCAGCACAAACAAACUCAGCUGUGACCCGACAGCGUUUUAAAACUGGAGCUGUGCUGUGUGAAGCUGCUGUAGUCGACAUCCUGCGGCUCUUCUCCACCAAGUUAAACAACUCACAGCAACCCAGCUUUGACUUUUUACUGGUUUUAGUUUAAAAAAAAAAACUCAACUGGAGGUGACUUGAAAAACUUCUGAUGUAACAACAGUGACUAUUUCAAGGAGAAACUGGAGGAAACACCUUGAGACAAAACAAAAGGAAGCGAGCUGCAUGUGGACAGGUGUGGCAGUUCCUGGUUUCUCUCUGUGCUCCUGAAGCCUUAAAUCUGUUUUCAACUUUGUUUCUUCAUGACACGUUCAUUUAAACAAACCUGAAACACGAGACUGUGUCUGAAACGAGCAGCAACUGUUGGCAGAAUCCAUCAGUGACUAAGCUGGUCUGAGAUCGGUUGUCUGUAAAAUGUCCACAACAUGUGUUCAGGAUGUUAUUAGUCUGAAACUGUCUGUUUUCCUCCCUGGGUAAUGAGCCAAGAGAAGAAGAAGAAUCGGCUCUCACCAAUCUGUGGUUUUAUGAAUUCUUAAAGUUUAACAAAAAUCUAAAUCUGUCAAUCAGCAAAGCUUCAUUUUAUUUAGUAGUGAAGAUUCAGUCAUAAAAUCUGUGGACUCAGAGUCGUUUGGCAGAAAACCGAUACACAACGGUGUGGAUCAUUCUCAGUCUUCCAGUGAUUUUGUGACUUCUUUUUCCAAAGUAUUUAGGCCAUAAAAAUAGGAAACAGUAUUUUACAAGAGUAAAUCACAACAGCAUGAGAAUGUAGUGCUUCUUGUGAAACUGCAGCCUUUAUCCUUAAACCAAGACGAGUCAAAUAUCAAUCAAGUCACUGGAAAACUGAUUCUGAUUGGUUUUCAGCAUCUCAUGUUCAGUUGAUCAGCAGCGGAGUUCAGGCCAAGUUAUUGAUCCGAUAUCUGUGAUUGCUUUGCACUCGGAGAGGAAGUCAUCCUCGCUCAAACAGGGCAGUGUUUGAACAGUGAACUGUUCCACAGGGCACUGGGUGUGUGUCCCCUCAGUGUUACCAGUUUCUCCAGGCGAGUGUCUCCACGCUGAUCAAUAGCAAAGACUAAGUGUCGCCAUUUGGUAUGACAGCACCAGGACAGUUUGCACUGUACGCUUCUAGAACCUUUCUGAAACCCUUUGUUGACCUGGUCUCAGCUUUUGUACACACACAAUUUACAUGCAUGUUCUUCUGUUACUCAAAACUGUGUGUACAUUCUCUUGCAUUUAUUUAUUCAAAUACACAUUAGCAGAAAAACCGA